UUCACCAACGUCAUCCUCGCCGUUCGAAACCACUCACUCGUAUUUACAAAGCGAAGCUGGUUCACAAUGCCAACUCGGAUACCUCAUCCCAUGCGUGCGCUGUCUCGUUCUGUAAAGCGACAACCUGUCGCCAGCGCGAGCUUAGACAAGGCUACCAUUAGACAGUAUCACGCCUCCGUUCUUCCUUCUCUUAUUUCGACGACAUCUCCUGAGUUUCAAGAGAACACGCAGGGAAUGGAAUCUCUGAUUCAGAAUUUAGACAUGGAGACAGCCCAAGUGAGGAUGGGUGGUGGAACGAAAGCCAUUGAAAGGAUGCGGAGUAAGGGGAAGAAGUUGCCGAGGGAGAGGCUCGCCUUAUUACUAGACCCUCAUACUCCCUUCCUUGAGCUGUCUUCACUGGCCGCACAUGGCGUCUACCCCGAGUCUGUACCUGGCGCUGGUAUUAUCACCGGCAUAGGAAGAAUAUCCGGACGUGAAUGUAUGGUUGUUGUCAACGAUGCGACUGUAAAGGGAGGGUCAUACUACCCGCUUACAGUGAAGAAGCAUCUGAGGGCGCAGGAGAUUGCAAGGGAGAAUGGACUGCCUUGCGUUUAUGUAGUUGAAUCCGGAGGAGCCGCACUCCCCCAUCAAGCCAACGUGUUUCCCGACAAAGAACACUUCGGUCGAAUAUUUUACAACAUGGCGCAGAUGUCAGCGAUGAACAUACCUCAAAUCGCCAUCGUACAUGGGAUCUCUGUUGCAGGUGGUGCAUAUGUUCCUGCAAUGGCCGACGAGACAAUCAUCGUCCGCAACCAAGGAAGGAUAUUCCUCGCAGGCCCGCCUUUAGUGAAGGCUGCGACGGGAGAGGAGGUCGACGAGGAGACCCUAGGUGGCGGAGACAUGCACGCACGAGAAUCCGGUGUAGUCGACCAUCUCGCACGAGACGAUGCACAUGCAAUUGCUAUCGCGAGGGGAAUAGUGGGCGAUCUUGGGGCUGCAGGGUCUAGAGGUGGCAUGCCGACGCAACCUUCUGAAUUGCCAUUAUAUCCAGCAAGUGAGCUUCAUGGAAUAGUGGGCACUGAUCUGAGAAGACCAUUCGAUAUGAGGGAGGUGAUCGCCAGGCUGGUGGAUGGGAGUCGGUUCAGGGAGUUCAAGAAGGAAUACGGCAGUACGAUCAUCACUGGUUUCGCACAUAUCCAUGGCUUCCCAGUUGGUAUUCUCGCCAAUUCUGGCACCCUAUUCAGUCCUGCUGCCCUGAAAGCGACACAUUUCAUAGAGCUGUGCUCGCAAAGGGGCAUCCCGCUAUUGUUCUUAGUAAAUGUCGCUGGUUACAUGGUCGGUAGUAAAGCUGAGAAGGGAGGGAUAGCGAAGGAUGGUGCGAAGAUGGUGCGCGCUGUUGCGUGUGCAAACGUACCUAAGUUGACCGUCGUGGUUGGCGGGACAUUUGGUGCAGGGAACUACGGAAUGUCUGGCAGAGCGUACUCCCCGCGGUUUAUGUGGAUGUGGCCAAACGCGAAGAUAGGCGUGAUGGGCUCUUCACAACUCUCAUCGGUCAUGCAGACCGUCUCGCGCGACCCCUCCCAACAUUCAACGCUCUCUGAUCAAAUCGAAGAACAAUCUACCGCCCUAUACGCUACUGCACGUCUAUGGGACGACGGGAUCAUCAAACCUACAGAGACGAGGGACGUGCUUGGGUUGGCUUUAGGAGUGGUCAAUGGCGCGCCGGGCGGUGGUGCAGCGGUUAGUGGUGUCGGUGGUGUCGGGCUGGGUUUGGGGAUGAAGGCGGGGGUGUAUCGGAUGUGAGGACAAUCUGAGGUACGGCGGAAGGACUUGAAGAGGACGUACACUGCCAAGUACAUGUGAUAUAUCUGUAAAGUAAAGUAUGUAAUUUGACGAAAGUGCGC